AUCAUCUACGUAUCUCUCGUGCACCACGAUCCGGUGCUUUUCUUUGGAGCGACCAAGCUUGUUAUCUCCGAGUCUAAGUUUCACUCUUGACAGCUUCCAUCAAGAGUACAACGGCUUGAAAUCGCGAAAGUAGUUUUACUCCCCUCUUGCAAGAUAACUAAGAGCAAGAAGAAGGUGCAUGUGCAGCCUCUGGAUCAGCGGCAGCGUUGAAGACGUAUGGGUAUAUAACGUAGGAAGAUCGCAGAAACGAUCUACUUUAUUGUUUCUCGUGGCUUAAGAUAGCUACAUACAUCUAAAGAGGAGCAAGGAGACGCGAGAGAAGGACGGAAAGAAGCCUUGAAGAAGUUUUCUCAAUGGGUUGUACGAGCCACGCAGCGAUAGCCCUGGCGUUUUUCGUAGCUGCUGCUGCGAGUACUCCAGCUCAAUCCAAUUACCAGAAAAAGAUCUAUGUCUACGAAGAUGUACCCGUUGAAAGGUACGAGCAAAGAGUCAUUUACGUUCGACCACAGAGAUUCGUAAGCAAGAAUAGACGAAAUUAUCUGGAGGAGAAGGAGAAAUUGUCGGAAUACAGAGAUAAUGAAUCUACGACACAUAAUUUUGAUUACAAGGAUUCUAUUGCCCUUCCAUCCGAACAAUACGACGAUCAUAACGAAGAGGAUCAUAGCGAGGAGAAUGGUUAUUCGUUGGAGUCACACGUUCCCGAAGAAAACUCACACGAGAGCCAUUUUCUGGGACACGACUUAGAUGAAAACGUUCACAAGACGAUCACAAUCAUUAAAAAAAUCGCCGUACCGUAUCCUGUCGAGAAGAUUAUAAGAUAUCCUGUGGUAAAAAACAUACCAUAUCCGGUAAAGAUACCAGUAUCGCAACCUUAUGCAGUAGAGAAACAAAUCCCUUAUCCCGUACAGAUUUAUGUAAAGGUCCCCGUGAAAAUUCCGAAACCGGUGCCCGUGAUAAAGGAGGUACCGUAUCCGGUGAAGGUACCGGUUGAUCGACCUGUCCCUGUUAAAGUUUAUAUACCAGAACCCUAUCCGGUAGAAAAGAAGAUUCAUUACGAAGUUAAAAUUCCGGUUCCGGAUCCCUUUCCAAUUGAACGGAAAAUACCAAUCCCUGUAAAGGUUCCGAUACAUGUUCCACAACCUUAUCCAGUUGAAAAAAUCGUGCGUUAUCCCGUGAAAAUUGAAGUCGAAAAACCAAUACCGGUACCAAUACCAAAACCAUAUCCGGUUCCUGUUAAUAAACCAGUUCCAUAUCCAGUUGAGAAACCAGUACCAGUUCCGGUGAAGGUCGAGGUUCAUAGACCUAUUCCAGUACCGGUUGAUAAACCAGUACCGGUAAAGGUCAAGGUGCCGGUACCUGCACCCUAUCCGGUCGAAAAGGAGGUGCCUUAUCCGGUGGAAAAGCCAGUAGCUGUGCCAGUGAAAGUACCGGUUGAGCGACCGAUCCCAGUUCAUGUGACUAAGCAUUUGCCUUAUUCCAUUCCUAAGCUUGUUCCCUAUCCCGUUAAAGUCGAGGUACCUGUAGCAGUACACGACGAGGACAACGAACAUCAGUUAGUUAGAUCUGAAUAUUAUAAUUCUCACGAAGAAGGAUAUUCAUAAAUUAUUUUUCAUGAUUCAUGCGAUAUAACUUCCCUCUUUUAUAUUUCUUUCAUAAAAAAAUGGCAUUGCUACUU